CUGGCGGCCGGAGCGGGAUGGCUACGUGGCGGCGGGACGGCCGGCUGACGGGCGGCCAGCGGCUGCUGUGCGCGGGCGUGGCGGGGGCGCUCAGCCUCAGCCUCACCGCGCCGCUCGAGCUCGCCACGGUGCUGGCCCAGGUCGGCGCCGCGCGGGGCCAAGCCCGGGGGCCGUGGGCCGCGGGGCUCCGGGUGUGGCGCGCCGAGGGGCCCCGGGCCCUGUGGAAGGGCAACGCGGUGGCGUGCCUGCGCCUCUUCCCCUGCAGCGCCGUGCAGCUCGCCGCCUACCGCAAGUUUGUCAUACUCUUCACGGAUGACCUGGGCCAUAUUUCCCAGUGGAGCUCCAUCAUGGCUGGGAGUCUUGCAGGCAUGGUUUCUACCAUUGUGAUGUACCCUACAGACCUCAUCAAAACCCGGUUGAUUGUGCAGAACUUGCUGGAACCAUCUUACAGAGGGAUCCUCCAUGCUUUUUCUACUGUUUAUCAACAGGAAGGGUUCCUAGCCCUGUAUCGAGGGGUUUCCCUUACUGUUCUAGUGGCAGGACGAGUACCUGCUAUUGGACACCUUCACCUGCUACUCCCAGGGCACAUCCAGCUCGAGACUAAACCCGACGUCCUCGUUAGGCUCACACCUGCUCCUCCUGGGUUCCCUAAAGAACGCGAUCACCUGCCUUUCACCCAGUGGCCCAAGCCGGAAGAAACCUAGAACUGCUUCAGCUCCUCUCCUCUCUCCGCUGUGGCUUCCGGCUUCUGGCUUCCGGCACCAAGUACUGUCAGUUUGACCACUCCACUCUCCAUCUGUUGCCCUCCUCCUUCCCCACCUCCCUCUGCCCUCAUCCUCAUGCUUCCCACAGACACUUACAAGAGGUUUCUACAGGGUCCCAGUCCCAGGCACUGCUGCCAGGGCCUGGUGAGCUUCUGAAACCAAAGGCGGUCAUUUCACCACCCUCAUUCCUCUGUCCUCUGUUCCAGCCCUCCCUGACUCCUGAGAUACAGGGAAAGGCCCAAAUUCCUUAUGACACACCA